AUGAAAUUACAUUAUUUCAUAUUUAUACUAAAUAGCAUCAAUCAGACAGUGGCAACUCUACGUGUGCUUGGAGGAAGAGAUUCCCUAAAAGAUGAGUUUCCUUUUGCUGUUCGCUUAGAAAUAUUAAUCAUACGUCAAGAUAUAAAAGAAUAUUUCCGGUUUUGUACAGGCACAGCUAUUCGUUCAACUUGGAUCCUCACAGCCGGUCAUUGUUAUUUUAAAGAACUAGAUCAUCCAAAGGUGAAAUCAUUUGCAAGAUACAACAGUUAUUUUCCAAAAUUUCUCGGUCAGAUAUCUCCACUCCUAGAAUUUCUCAGACACCCAAGUUAUAGUAAAUUAUUAUAUGAAAAUGUUGAAAAUGAUCUUGCUUUGUUUCGUUGUGAAAAGUUAUCAGUCGCCUCAUAUGCUAAGAUAAGCGCUGUGGACUACAGAUCUUUCGUUGGUCACGAAGCUCUUGUUCUAGGUUUUGGUAGUACAAAUGCUUCGGCACUUGAGAAGCCCCUGCAAGUUUUAAAAGGUAUGCUUAAUAAGUGUCUUACAAAUGACGUAGAAACUAAGCAUAUGAUGUGUUUAGUUCCAUCUUGUGGACUUGUUGCGACUAUUUGUGGCGGUGAUUCUGGUGGAGCCGUCUUGCAUCCGUCCGGCGUCGUGGGAGUCAACUCUAUGUCUCUUGAUGACUGCGACGAAAACACCAAGACUCUUAGUCGUACGCCAGGAAGCUCUGCGAGUAUAAUUGCAAUGGUCAGUCCUAAUCUAAACUGGAUCGUCAAUAUUAUUUCCUAUAAAAAUAAUGCCAACGUAAAGUUUAACGCCUUU